CCCCCCGGCUUCCCACCACGGCCUCUCUCGGCGAGGAAACUCUGGCCUCCGCUUCCUCCUCCUCCGACUCGGACACCGGCGGAGCCUCCCCGCCCCCGCGGAAGAAACCCCGAGCCUCGGCGGCGGAGGGAGCAGGAGAGCCCGGGGCCUCGGCAGGCAGAGCAGGCCUCUCCCCUCCGUCCUCGUCGUCCUCGUCCUCGUCGUCGUCGUCCUCCUCCUCCUCCUCCUCCGUGGUGGUAGUGGUGGGACUCCCCCCGGCUGCUGCCCCUUCCGCCGCCGCCGUCCCCCACCGAAGUAGCGGCCACAGCCUGGUCAGCGGCAGCAUCAUGCAGGCCAACGGGGCAGGAGGAGGAGGAGGAGGCGGCGGCGGCGGCGGCGGAGGAGGGGGCGGCGGGGGCCAGGGACAGACCCAGGAACUCGCCUGCCUGUCGGCCCAGAACGGGGAGUCGUCCCCCUCGUCGUCGUCGUCCGCGGGGGACAUGGCCCACGCCAAUGGGCUCCUGCCUUCCGCCCCCUCCGCCGCCAGCAACAAUAGCAACAGCCCGAAUGUCAAUAACGGGGUCCCCGGCGGGGCGGCCGCCGCAGCCUCCGCCACCGUCGCCGCUGCCUCCGCCACCACCGCCGCCUCCUCUUCCUUGGCCACCCCAGAACUGGGCAGCAGCCUCAAGAAGAAGAAGCGGCUCUCGCAGUCAGAUGAGGAUGUGAUUAGGCUAAUAGGACAGCACUUGAAUGGCUUAGGGCUCAACCAGACUGUUGAUCUCCUCAUGCAAGAGUCAGGAUGUCGUUUAGAACAUCCUUCUGCUACCAAAUUCCGAAAUCAUGUCAUGGAAGGAGACUGGGAUAAGGCGGAGAAUGACCUGAAUGAACUAAAGCCUCUAGUGCACUCUCCUCAUGCUAUUGUGGUAAGAGGCGCCCUUGAAAUCUCUCAAACGUUGGUGGGAAUAAUUGUGGCACAAACAUGUUCUGAAACUUCCGUCGACUUUUCCCCUGACUGCUGCUUUCUGUCAUGUCAGAGGAUGAAGUUUCUGCUGCUGCAGCAGAAGUACCUGGAAUACCUGGAGGACGGCAAGGUCCUGGAGGCCCUUCAGGUUCUCCGCUGUGAACUGACGCCACUGAAAUACAAUACGGAGCGCAUUCAUGUUCUCAGUGGGUAUCUGAUGUGUAGCCAUGCGGAAGACCUACGUGCAAAAGCAGAAUGGGAAGGCAAGGGCACAGCUUCCCGAUCCAAACUAUUGGACAAACUUCAGACCUAUUUACCACCAUCAGUGAUGCUUCCCCCACGGCGUUUACAGACUCUCCUGCGGCAGGCUGUGGAACUGCAGAGGGAUCGGUGCCUAUAUCACAAUACCAAACUCGAUAAUAAUCUAGACUCUGUAUCUCUGCUUAUAGAUCAUGUUUGUAGUAGGAGGCAGUUCCCAUGUUAUACUCAGCAGAUACUCACGGAGCAUUGUAAUGAAGUGUGGUUUUGUAAAUUUUCUAAUGACGGCACUAAACUAGCAACAGGAUCAAAAGAUACAACAGUCAUCAUAUGGCAAGUUGAUCCGGAUACUCACCUGCUAAAACUGCUUAAAACAUUAGAAGGACAUGCUUAUGGUGUUUCUUAUAUUGCAUGGAGUCCAGAUGACAACUAUCUUGUUGCUUGUGGCCCAGAUGACUGCUCUGAGCUUUGGCUUUGGAAUGUCCAAACGGGAGAGCUAAGGACGAAAAUGAGCCAAUCUCACGAAGACAGUUUAACAAGUGUAGCUUGGAACCCAGAUGGGAAACGCUUUGUCACUGGAGGUCAGCGUGGGCAGUUCUAUCAGUGUGAUUUAGAUGGUAAUCUCCUUGACUCCUGGGAAGGGGUGAGAGUGCAAUGCCUUUGGUGCUUAAGUGACGGGAAGACUGUUCUGGCAUCAGAUACACACCAGCGGAUUCGGGGAUAUAACUUCGAGGAUCUCACAGAUAGGAACAUAGUACAAGAAGAUCAUCCUAUUAUGUCUUUUACUAUUUCAAAAAAUGGCCGAUUAGCUUUGUUAAAUGUAGCAACUCAGGGAGUUCAUUUAUGGGACUUGCAAGACAGAGUUUUAGUAAGAAAAUACCAAGGUGUUACGCAAGGGUUUUAUACAAUUCAUUCGUGUUUUGGAGGCCAUAAUGAAGACUUCAUCGCUAGUGGCAGUGAAGAUCACAAGGUUUACGUCUGGCACAAACGCAGUGAGCUGCCAAUCGCAGAGCUGACAGGGCACACACGUACAGUAAACUGUGUGAGCUGGAACCCACAGACUCCAUCCAUGAUGGCCAGUGCCUCAGAUGAUGGCACUGUUAGGAUAUGGGGACCAGCACCUUUUGUAGACCACCAGGAUAUUGAAGAGGAAUGCAGUAGCAUGGAUAGUUGAUGGCGAAUUUGGAGCAGACGACUUCUGUUUAACUUAAAAUUAGUCGUAUUUUAAUGGCUUGGGAUUUGGUGCAAACAAACAUGAUUGAUAGCUGGACAGACAUGCUCGUCAUGAAAAAAGAACCAUUUCUGAAGCCCGAUCGGGGCCAAACAUUUACACCUGCUUCAUAGUAACCAGUUGAGAUGAAGCACGUCGUUAGAACGUUGUUGGACACCAUGUUGAAUUAUCCCCCCAUCGGUUGUGAAGAACUGUGCUACAUUCAGGCUUACCCAUUGAACUCAGUAUAUAUAUUUUUUUCCCUCCUGCCUUUUGUGUGGCAGGAUACCAUUCUUGUUGCUCUUCUGUGUAAUGAAGUUUAAAUGCUUGUUUGGAAAACUUUAUUUAACAGUUUAGAAGGCUCGAUAGGAAGAGUGCAUUAGUCUGAAGAGUAUACAUUGGCUAGGAAAGAGUUUCCUUCUUUUGUUUCUCCAGGUCUUUCCGCCUUAUUUAGCUUGAGAUCUUUGCAGCUUGGUUCAUGGAUUCUAGCCUUGCCCGUUGCGCAGUAUAUACUGAUCCGGAUGAUAAACCAGUGAACUAUGUCAAAAGCACUCUCAAUAUUACAUUUGACAAAAAGUUUUGUACUUUUCACAUAGCUUGUUGCCCCGUAAAAGGGUUAACAGCACAAUUUUUUAAAAAUAAAUUAAGAAGUAUUUAUAGGAUUAAAGUGACUUCAUUUGUAUACAUUUGGAAUCUAAACCAGCUUAAAAACAGUUUCCUCUGUGACUUAGAUCCGCAGUGUAACUGACACUCUUCCGGAAUACGAGACACGGUCAGACACAGCGCCUGGAGGGACAUUACACAGGACGCGGAGAGUAAUACUUUGAAGGUUCCCCCCUUUUGUUUUAUUCCUAAAGAAAUAGCAGUACCUGAUCUUGAAGAAAUCUAAGCUUUUAAAAGAGAAUUUUAAAUAAAUCCAGUCAGUUUAGGUUUUCAACAAACCUUGUUCCAAGUUGUUCUCAACUUGGGACAUCAUUUUAGUGUGAUUUGGGAAGGGUAGAAUCAGCAAACGUAACCACUUUGGAAGUUGAUAGUACCCUUGAGAUUGUUAGGAAACUACAACAGCUCAUAAACGUACUGAAACUGGGUUUAAAACCUCACAGCGAGUCAUUUCCCUUAAUUGCCCUUAAUAUUUUGACCAUCUGUGGAGACAUAAAGAAGAUUCCUCCGCAGUUUUUCAGAUAUUGCCAUACUGAACCUCAUUCUAAACUGGUGCUGUGGGUAGCCUUUCCCUCUCCCCUCUCCUUUUAGUAUAAGGAAAGGUUUCCUUCAUGGAAAAGCACUUACGAUUUUGAGAAUUUCACAUUUAAAGUAAGCCAAAAGCCUGAUGUUCACAUUGUGCUUUUAAACCCCCUAACAGCUGAAUGCAACACACUUCGUCUCCCUUGAAAUUCCCUCCCUUUUCAGUAGAGGAUAAAUAGGGUGACCACAUGUUAGGAAGGAGUGGGGAUGCCCCAAAAUACUGGUGAAGAAAAAGCCUUGUACUGAGUUCCCCUUCAGGUCCAGCCAAGUUGAUGCUAUAUUAUUACUCUGAGUAGACUCCGUCAGGAUCCACAAAGAGAAGGCUUGGUUGUCAGGAAUUCUUCCUUUGUUGGGGGUGGAGGAGGGGGAGGCAGCAGCAGGGAGAAAGGGAAAAUCAGGGAAGGCGGGGGUGAAGAAAGAAAAACAAUUGGCCUUAAGAUAGCGUGGACUCUCCCAGAAGCUCACAGUAAGAGACAAAUGACAGAUCGUGGUCAGCAGAUGGUUUUACCAAGUUGGUUGUAAAAGAUUUCGUUAAGCACCAUUCGGCAGAGACCACCACUUAGAGAAUCAAAGAAUUCCUGUUUUGAUACUUCUGAGUUAAAGUAUAUGUUACAGUCUAUCUGGUACUUCAUUUUUCUUAACUAAAUUACUUUUUACUUUAAGCUUGAAUAAAAAUCAUUGGUAACUGUAUAUAAUUAAGUGGCAACUUCUCUUUACCUCAGCACAGCUAAGACCAGUCAUAUCUUAAGUGAUUCAUGUCCUAUGGAAACCCUGGUGGCGUAGUGGUUAAGUGCUACGGCUGCUAACCAAAAGGUUGGCAGUUCAAAGCCACCAGGCGCGCCUUGGAAACUCUAUGGGGCAGUUCUACUCUGUCCUGUAGGGUUGCUAUGAGUUGGAAUUGACUUGAGGGCAGUGGGUUUGGUUUUUGGUUUUCAUGUACUAUACCCUGAAGCCAUUAAUACAGCCCCGUCUCGACAGUGACAUUGAUACCACUAACAAAAUGUGGGCGUAGAAACGCCACAGCUGUUGGUCACGGUGUGCCGCGGUACACUGGUAACAUUGACUGCGAUUUGUGCCAGUGCGGGGCAGUUUGGCACUCAGAUUCCACUGUCUGCUUCACCCAGCCGCCCCUAGGUCUGACUAUAGUUAAAAACACUUUAAGAAAGCAGAGUAAACAUGAGGCACAUUUUACAAGAACACAGCUCCAUUAAAACGGAGUAACAACUAUGCAAAGGUUUCUAUAGCAGCUAGUCGCUUUGCUUUCCAGGUCUGUCUUAACUGGCAGCUUUCUAUAUACGCUGGUACUUUGCUGUGCCAACUCGCUGUAAACAUCUGUUCUGUACAUUUGCCAUGCAGUGACUGUGCUAGAAAGGUGAAAUAAAUGGCGAAGAAACCUAAGACCUUAUGGUACAAAGAACCUGAUGGCAGGAUCUUCUAAUCCAUAGUUAUUAACUGAAAGCUUCUGAUACUGCUACAGACUCUAGCAUAGGCAUAAGAGAAAAAGCAAAGUGAGAAUACUGUCAAGCCAGCUACAAGAUACUAACAAAUGUUUAAACUGAAAAGUACCAAUACUUUUUGCACAUAGAUCAAAAUACAGUGGAGAUUUUUGGCUCCAAAAAAUCAGGUUAGUAGGCUCAUUUCCAUGUGCUUAAAAAUGUUUUUGUUGUUUUUUCAUUGAUUAAGGGCUAGAGCAAGCAUAAAAUUAAAUGUCUUUUCCUGCAAAUAAUUGGUCAUUAAUGGCAAAAUACGGAAUGUGGGGGGGUUUUAAGAUUGGUGUGUGGGUGGUGAUGAAUUAGAGUGGGAGGUUAGUUGGGAGGGAUGACAAAGCUUCAUUUUUUAUUUUUUGUAUUAAUACUCACGCCAGCUACGUUUCCGUUGCUCUUAUUGGGCAAACAGAUAAGUUAUAUUAAACCAGGUAAGUAGUUUAAACAGGAAAUUUUGUUAAAAGUCCCUACAAAUUGGCCCAUGUUAGCGGGUGGGAGAACAAAAAGGGAUUCCCUAACUUCAACUGUAAACUAAGUGAUCUAAAUUACCUGCUAGUUGAAAGCAAGAUCCAAUUUUGUCAGUAUUUUCUUCAGCUGAAAUCACACGAGGAGUAAUGCUGGUGAUACUUGGUAGGAGUGUUCUGCCUCUAGUGGCAUUCCGUGACAUUAAUAGAAAAUCCCUCUUUCCCACCCCUCCCCAUCUUGAAAUUUUCUUUUUUAGGCUAUUGGUUCCUGCAAACAAGAACUGACCUAUCACCUCUGCUCACAGUGGGUAAAUAUUUCCUACAGCUCUUGAAAGGGACGUAUCCAUGUCAGUUCCUUUACAGCAGAAGAAUGGCUGCUUUUGAAUGGGGAGGAAAGAAGACAAUUUUUCUUAAUAUCCUUUUUGUCCCAAAUCAAAAAUAGAUAAAUAUCUUUAAUUGGUUUUACUUGCUCAUUUAGACUUCAGCAACUCUGAGGUUGCUCUCCAAAAUAUUUCUGCUUCAGAAACCAUACCUGAUUUUAAUAUAAACUGCUGACUUUAAAGGAGAGGUGAAUUUGCUUUUACACGUAGGCACUUCUAAAAACAGGGUGAAAUUAAUUGAAAUUUUUCAGUGUUGUUAAGCUAUCGUAGUAGCUGCCCUAUAGUUGCAAAAACAAAAACUUAUAAAAACCCAUCCCCUAUCUCCUUAAUCCAGAUAGCCUGGAUUCAAGGAAACAUAGUAUAAAAUUGUGUGUAUGUGUAUGUUGUGUGUCUGUGUGGAAGAGAGACUUUUUAAUAAAAAGUCCUGGAAACA